GUAAUAACCGAAUUACUAUGGUGGAGUGUCGGGGUUGAGGGUUCACGCCUCACGCGUUAUUUACCAUUCUGCCCCGUCACUGCGAUCGCGAGUGAACUCGGUUCAACUCCCCUCGGGCGGCGACGGACGAGAUGGACAGCAAUAAGGACGAGGCGGAGCGAUGCAUGGAGCUCGCGGAGCGGUUUAUGCGGGAGCGGAAAUACGAGGAGGCCGAGAAAUUCGCCCGCAAGGCCCAGAAGCUUUACCCGACGAAGAAGGCCGAGGAUCUGCUGGCGGAAUUGACGGUGCUCUCCAAGCAGAAUCAGAAAUCCGAGUUGGCCGAGCCUAACGUUAGAAAGCGGCAAAAUGUAGCUAAAGACGGAGCACAUUCCCAAAGUAAUUCUGAAUACACAAAGGAGCAGUUGGAGCACGUCAAGAGGAUAAAGAAAUGCAAGGAUUAUUACGAGAUUUUGGGCGUCAGCAAAGAUGCUACGGACAGCGACAUCAAGAAGACGUACAAGAAAUUGGCGUUUCAGUUGCAUCCUGACAAGAACAAUUACGUCGGAUGCCUUCCAGCAGCAGACAGACAGGCAGGUUGCAGCCAAGUUGGACGUGUUCCUGAUAAGCGACAUUACCGACGUAAAAGUCCCGGAUACCUUCGUGCGCACUAUUUACGCCGGCAAUGCUAUUCAGACUCUCAAGUCCAAGGAUAACGUGAAGGUGGUGUCCGUGAGAGGCACCUCUUUCGAGCCGCUGCCUCUGGAGGGUGGCGACGCCAAGUGCGAGAGCGU